CUUUGCCUCAGAUAGGAUAACUUUAUCAGAAAGCUUUUGUCCUAGUUUUGUAUCCAUUCUUUGAGAUAUUGAGACGAAGAUAGACAACAAAGAGUUUCAAGCAGCAGCAAGCAUGUCGACAUCAAUCACAACAACCGAAGCAUCACGAGUCCGUCUGUCCCCAGAACACGUAGGCAUCGCUCGCAUUGCCGACAGUCCAGAAGGAUCACUUGAGCUUGUCGAUCGCUUGUUGCAGAAGAACCACGACGACUAUCAUGUCUAUUGGAGGGACGUUGGUGGUCACAACCACAUAUCACAUUCAGUGUUGAGCGUGCUUGCUCUCGGCGGUGGUCCUGCUCAGCUACAACGAGCUUAUGACGAUGGCAUCCAGAUCCAACGACCCACUCCUCCGUUAGACAAGCAGGUAGUACAGGAUUUAGGAGACUCAGAAAAGUUUCUUACGAAGAUUGGUCAGAUUGACCACUAUACCAACUUCUUGGCGUUCUUCGAGCAACAAAUUGACUCAAAGGGUUGGAAAGCAGUCGUGCAAGAAUACCUCUUCAGUCGUACUCCAGUUGCUGAGAAACUAUUCGCUCAACUUUACGAAGGUGCCUUCCACCCCUUCAUUCACGUCGGUCUCGGUAUCGAGUUCGAACAGCCAAGCAUAAUUGCAGAAGGUCUCGCCCAGAGCGUAACGCACGAUUCGGCCAAUAUUGAUGUAUUCUUCAAUCACAGUGAGCAACUAGCCUCGCAAUCUGCGACUGCACCAAGCAAGACACUGGUUCAACUGCUUCAGGAAAUUCGUGCAAAUGAUAAACUUCAUUACUCUGCCCGCUUACCAGAUGGUCCAGUCAGAGUACGAGAUGGUGUUAUUGGACGCGCUGGUAAAGAGAUAGCAGCCUUGGCUGCUCAGUUCCGUGUCAACCCUGAAGACUUGGAGCGAUCGACUGCGGAAGCUAUCAACGUUGCGGCAUAUACUGCUGGUGCUGCACAACGAGCAGGCAAAGCGCGAAAGAUCGACUUCUUUCACAUGCACAAUGUCACUAGCUCUCUGUUCUUGACCGUGCUCAUCAAGCAGCCAUGGAUUAGCAUUGCAGACAAAGUACGCGUUGUGGAGUGGAAAGCUCGACUUGAUCUUGUGUGUUACGCUGCAAGCUCUGCCGCAGAACUUCACAUCGAGGAUGUGACCAACUACAAGGCUACUAAGAGCGCGGGUCUGGACUGGGCUUCUCUUUACAAAGUUGUCAAUGAGGCUCAUGAUGAUGGACAUGUAGCAAAGUUUGUGCGAGCUUUGAAGAACGGGGAGGAGGUAUCCAAGCCUUUCGAGCAUGGUGAAGGGUCUGUUGCGUUUCCUAUCAAGGGCGAUUCAUGGUUUAAGAUUGCGCAAUUGUCAUAUGACAGUACUUUGGACAUUCCUGUUGAUGAUAAAUGGAUAUGGGGUGUCGGUUUCGAUCCCCUUUGGGCACGAAUCCCUCCUCUGGCAUAGGUACAUCUCAUGUAUUCAAGUAUUUGAAUGCAGACCUCCUUAUUGUUAGACGCAUUACGGUGCAACAUAUACAACAGUG